CCGUUAAGAACAGUUAUUUGAAUAAAAAAGCUCAAUUUAAAAGCCAAAAAAUGCCAAGCGAAAUAAUUACUUUACAAUUGGGCCAAUGCGGAAAUCAGAUUGGUUUCGAGUUCUGGAAGAGAUUGUGCCUGGAGCACGGUAUCUCCCCCGAGGGCGUAUUGGAGGACUUUGCCACCGAUGGCCAGGAUCGCAAGGAUGUGUUCUUCUACCAAGCAGACGAUAAUCAUUACAUUCCCCGGGCCGUGCUUCUUGAUUUGGAGCCGCGAGUAAUCCAAAGCAUUAUGACCUCGCCGUAUGCAAAGCUCUAUAAUCCGGAGAAUGUAUUCCUGUCAAAACAUGGAGGUGGCGCUGGAAAUAACUGGGCCUCCGGCUUCAGCCAGGGUGAACGUUUCCAAGAGGAGGUCUUCGACAUCCUGGACAGGGAAGCUGAUGGUAGCGACUCCUUGGAGGGGUUCGUACUCUGCCAUUCUAUUGCCGGUGGCACUGGGUCUGGGAUGGGAUCAUAUGUGCUGGAACGACUGGCGGAUCGCUUUCCCAAGAAGCUCAUCCAAACGUACAGCGUGUUCCCUAACCACGACGAGAUCAGCGACGUGGUGGUCCAGCCCUACAACUCCAUCCUGACGUUGAAACGCCUCACCAAGUGUGCCGACAGUGUUGUGGUGCUGGAUAACACCGCCCUGAAUCGUAUCGCCACCGAAAGACUUCACAUUCAAACGCCCACCUUCACGCAAAUCAACAAUCUGGUGUCCACCAUUAUGAGCGUGAGCACCACCACCUUGAGGUAUCCAUCUUAUAUGAAUAACAACCUUAUUGGACUGACGGCACCCUUGAUUCCGACUCCCCAAUUACACUUUCUGAUGACGGGUUACACUCCACUUCUCACAGACGCGGAAACCAAAACCAAUGUCCGAAAAACCACUGUCCUAGAUGUAAUGCGGCGCCUGUUGCAGCCAAAGAAUAUGAUGGUGUCGGCAACGGGAGACAAGCAGAAUCGUCACUGCUUUGUAUCCAUUUUGAACAUCAUUCAGGGCGAGGUGGAUCCGUCCCAGGUGCACAAGUCGUUGCAGCGCAUUCGGGAAAGAAAACUGGCCAACUUUAUUCCCUGGGGACCGGCCAGCAUCCAAGUGGCAUUGUCGCGGAGCUCGCCGUAUGUCCAAUCCUCCCACAAGGUUUCCGGCCUGAUGAUGGCCAAUCACACGGGCAUCAGUGCUCUCUUUAGCCGAGCUCUGGCCCAGUACGAUAAACUACGGAAGCGCAACGCCUUUCUGGACAACUUUCGGCGCGAAUCCAUGUUCAAGGAUGAUCUGACGGAACUGGAUCUGGCUCGCGAAACAGUUGAUUGUCUAGUGCAGGAGUACGAGGCAGCCACCCAAGUCGAUUAUCGGCAGUGGAGUCCCCGCAUCGAUGGUUCCAAGGGUCGAGCUUAAAGUUAUUAUUUUUAUAUUUAAGAAAAUGCAGUUGCAUUCCAUUUAAUUAUUUAUUUAUUUAUCAAUUUUUGUUGAAACAAAAAAACUGAAGGAAAAGGAUCAAUUUUGAAUUCAUUUAAAUUAUGAUUUUGUUUAAAUAUUUGAGAGAAUAGUAAAAAAAAAACAAGUCUUCAUUGCCUGUAAUUUGUAAAAACCAAGUAGUCCAUGGAUUAUUUUUAUUAACGUGCCGAGAAACUUCCAGCUAUCCUCACAUUUGUUUCUCGAAAUUCCUCGUGUUCACAUCUCGUUGAAAAGUUUUUGUUAAAUCUUACAGAUUUUUUUUGGUUGUAAAAAUUCCGAAUCCAAAUUGCAAGGGAAUUUUUAGAAGCAUAUAAGGAAACUUUCUCGACGCUUUCAGAAUCCCUUGAUAACAUUUAAAAAAUCAACAUGUGCUGCGGAUGCGGACCCUGUGGACCCAAGUGCUGUGCCCCAAGCUGUUGCGAAUGCUGCUGCGUUGAGAUGUGCUGUUCUCCCUGCACUCCGGCAUACCUCCAAUGCACCCAUUUCCCAUGCGGCCCAUGCGGCUCAUGUUGCUAGGACAACUUCAACCAAAAAAGCUGAGAUAACUACCUCAUUCAUACAAUCAUCGUAAAACUGAACCUUAAUUCUAAAAAAAACUUCGCAUGUAAACUUCAUUGGAAUAAAAGAAACAAAUGUUUAUAAGAACAAAUCUAUUUUUGAAUUGGUUUAUAUAUUUUGGAAUUGGGAGAUAAAUCGGUUUUAAGGAAUAAUACCUAAGGCUAGUCAUAUAUAAGGAUAAUAAAGAUACCGAUGAUUCUUUUUAUGAGGAAGUCUCUGUAACUAUCAAAGUAGGCCUAUUAAAUGUAGGUAGCAAGUUGCCUAUUAAUUUAAAACAAAAUCAAAGGAGUCUUUGCGUUUUAGCUUAUUUCCUUGUCAAUGAAAUCUAAAAUGUAUUUCAUUUCUCAUCUAAAUUUCAACACGUAAAGUGUAUUUGUUUUUUGUUCUCGGAAAAUAAAUCUUCGCCGCCAUGUGUUGCCCGAGUCGUUACUACAGGAGCACCCCAUGCGUCCAGUGCUGCCUAAUCGAUUGUAGCUACUGUUGCCCCCGAUCCCAAUGCGGAGGUCCUUGCUGUACCACCGUAUUUCCUUCUCCGGGUUGUUGUGGGGGUUGUUGCGGUCCCUGUUAAUACCUGGGCAACAAAAAAUAUUAAACAUCUCAUGACGAGCGGAUGCCAAAAAUAAAGUAGUCUGUAGUCUAUGAAUUUUAUCUGUCAAAUUUUUGGAACCUGACGACGAAUCCCAUAUGGAAAAUUCAGUCCGACCCCGAGCCUUGAUGUGAACACAACAAAAUACAAAUAAAUAGAAAACAUUUUCAAUAGCUAACAUCUUUUGAAAAUAAGAUAUUUUUUGUGAACAUCAAGCUCGCUGUUGGAUCGGAAGACUCGCUCCAUUCGGGAUAUUUUGAUUUCAACUUCAGUGAUCUCAUAACCGAUCGCCACGAUGUGCUGCAAUCCCGGAGGCUGCUGUAAUCUUCCCACAUGCAUUCAGUGUACCAACUUUUGCUUCAACUGCUGGACGGGCACGGCUGCUAUACCUUGCACCCGCAAAAUUUGCGUUCCUGGCUGUUUCUGCGGGCCAUGUUGUUAACCUGUGAUCCUCCUACGAGCAUCCAGUGCACCAACUUUUGGGUCAACUGCAGCACAGGCCCGGGUGCAACAAUCUUAACCCGAAAAAUUGGCAUUCUGGGUGUUCCGGUUGGUUACGUUGAGGUCACGGAAGCAUAAAGACUCGCUUUCGGUAUGGGAGACACGCAACGACCGGGAAAUUUUAGUGUCAACAUCCAUGAUCUCAUUACCGAUCGCAACGAUGUACUUUGAUCCCGGAAGUUGCUGUGACCCACCCACAAGCAUCCUGGGCACCACCUUUGGGGAUCUUAAUCCUCAAACCCGGAGGAUCAAUGCAGUAAUCUCUUCCCCCCCAGCAGUCAGUGGCCAAAUUUGGUUAACUGCGGUCGUGGAUGUUCCAGCAGACUCAAUUUCAUCAAAAUUAUAAAAUGUUAUAUCCAAAUUAAAACCAUUCCGAGUAGUAUAUCCUUAAA